UGUUGUUUGGGAUUCCGUGGCGAGACGAUCGUCGAAAGAGUCGCGCGCGCUGCUAAAAUAAAUUCAAGCAAAUCACAAAGAAAAAUAUAAUCAGGCAAACAAAAAAAACACACACCAUUAAUAAUCCCAUAAUAAAAUUAAGAUUUAUAUACACAGACAAAUAGGAUAAAGUGCAAAGUAAACACAUUUUAUUCGUGAAUAAUUAUACUGUGCACAGUGACAAGAGUGCUAACACAUUUUUUAAACAUUUAAGUGUGCUUGGUAAAUAAGGCCGAAACUAGGCCAGCACAGGAAAGACAGAAAGUUGAUUUCAAACAAAAUAUUACUCAUACGCAACCGGCACCCCUCAUUCAUUCCCAUCUCUGUUAUCAGUUCUCAGCUUUUGAAUGAGCCCAAUGAGCGGACUGCGUCAACAGCUAAAGAUGCUGGGAACAGCUCUGCUGGGCAAACGGGCCACCAAGUCUGUCAAAAAGAAACCAUUUACGGAGGUGGAAAUCAAAGAUCUACGCACAGCAUUCGAUCUACUAGACAGAAAUCGCGACGGGCGCGUCACCGCCAACGAGCUGCAGUUUAUGCUGAAGAAUUUGGGCAUAAACGUGAGUGACGAACUCAUCCACGAUCUCAUACGUGAGGCAAGCCACUCGGGCAAUGGCUUAAUCAACGAGGCCGAGUUCCUGCAAUGGGUGGGCAGGAUCCAGGCGCUGCGAGACGACCAGCAGUCUCAUGAGGACAGCAAGGACAGCAAGCCGGUGGACGAGGCCGAUGAUGUCACCGAGGACUUGAUAGCCGCAUUUAGAGUAUUCGAUCGGGAUGGUAAUGGGUUUAUAACGCGCGACGAGCUGCAGACCGCCAUGGAGAUGAUUGGGGAGCCCUUGAACGAGCAGCAGCUGGAGCAGCUGCUGGUCAUCGCCGACUUGGAUCAGGAUGGCCGCAUCAAUUACGAGGAAUUCACGAGACUUUUGCUCUAAGCAGUUUUACGCCCGACAUGGAGGCAUGGUCAACUGUAACCCCGGAAUAUUUCGAGUGGAAUGCGCCCCGAGUUACCCCUUCAGCAUAAUUGUUAAGCUUUUAAGAAUAUACUCAGACAGGCAUUAAAAAAUAAUGCAACAAAAUGUGCAGAACACAAUUGUUUGAAAUUUUAUACAAAAUAUAAAACUUAUUUAUAAAAGGGUUUGAAAAAAAUGCAAGGCAGGCCACACACACACAUCCAUAAAGUUUUCGUUUAAUUCAAAACCCACCCACACACACACACACACACACAUAUAUUCAUAUGUAAAUUAGUUUCAAAGUUUGGUCGAUUGUAAAAAAUGAAUUACUGAUUUUCUCUACAAUUUAUGAUAAAUCAGCAUUUGAAAAAUCUAAAUGGAGGAAGUUAAACUAAUUUUGGUAGACAAUUGCGUUGAAAAUUAUUUAAAUCACACAAAGACACACACAACAUAAACAUACAACAUAUAAAAUGCAUAUUCGGAUAAGUCUGAGCGCGUGAGUGAUAUUGUGUUUAGGGUGCUGCAAAAACAAAGAGCAAACAAAUGGAAAACUACAAAAAAAAAUUACAAUAAAAAUAUAUCUUAAUUCGGAGAAAGUCAGCAAGUGGAUUCAUAUAUUUGUAUUUUAUUGUAGUUAUGCUGCUUUCAAUGUAUGCGUGUUUCAAAUACCCCAAACAAACAAAAAUUGUUUCAAAUUUGUUAGAAUAAGGAAAUAAAUGUUAACAAUUUAUAUAAGAAAACAAAAGAUUUAAUUUCAGUUGGGAAAUUGUCUUGAAUAGCUGUCAAAACAUCGGUGGCAUCGUUUAUAAAACUUUAAAGCUCAUUAUCAAAUUACCCAUAUUUUGUAAACUUAAAAAACAGAGCUAAAGAAAAUGUUAUGUUUUUUUUUUGGUCGGGUAUAAUCUAUACUCUUAAUGAUUUUGUUAGCUCUCUUAUAUAGGCAUAAAAAUCAGAUAAGGCGAACAGUAAAAAUUAUAUUUAAUGUUAAUUGUUAUUAUUACGUUAAUUAACAAUAACCAACAUCACGAAUGGAACAUUUCAGAGUUCUUAGUAUACUUAAAUAUCUAGCAAAUUUAAAUUUUAUUAAUUUAUUUUUGUUGGUUUAAAAAUUUGUUUUUAAAAAUUCAAGUCCAUUGCAUAUUGCCGUCCCAUAGAUAAUUCAUCAAGAAACAACAAAUUAUUUUUAUAACAAGUACAACUCAUCGAUUUAAGGCAUUGCGGUUUCAAAAAAUUAUUUUCAUUAUUAAUUUCUAUGCCUUUUUUUAUACAAAUUUAAAGGUGUUAAAACAAAACAGAAAUCAAAUUUAAACAAAAAAUAAAUUAAACAAAAGUGCUCUUUUGAAAAUCAGUGAAACGAGAAUUAAAAAUAUAUUUACAUUUAAACACUUUAUGAAUAAAGUUGGGUAAAUAAAAAAAUAACCAGGUCAAAGGUACAAAUAGAAAAAUGGGUAAAAAACAAGGAAAGCAAACAAGGAAACCACAUUUUUUGUAUGGUAUUUACAACAGGACUGCAAAGGCAAAGCUAAUUUGAACCUAGUCAAAAAUCAAAAACCGAAUCAAACUAAACUUUAACCCAAAAUAUUGAAUAUACCGAUAAAUGUACUUCAAUUCAAGUAGUUUUUUAUGACCUCUAAAUGUGCUUAACAACUAUAUGCAGUACUAUACAUAUACCUACCAAACAAUUUACUACUUAUAUACAUGAUUACUGUUUAUGUUACGGUCAAACUACAUACUUACUAUUAUCUUCUAUAUAUAUAGAUACUGGAUAACACGAAACAAACAACAACUAAGACAUUAUCUGUAUGAGAACUUAAAGUGGUAGAUAUUUCGUUUAGGUAUUAAUGAUUUCAUGAUUUAUAAACGCGAUUGCGAG